GUAUAUUUUCCACUGCAGUGUUUACUUUUUUGUUGUUGUUGUUUGUUUGUUAACGAAUUUUCAUCAAAUUCGAAUCAUUUGUUUUUCCGGAAUCUUUUCUACAUCCCUUACUCAGGUUCCGGAAACUUUACCUUAAUCAAAUUAUUCCUAGGUCUUUUAAUUAAUUUCAUUUUUUCUAAUUAAUUAGAAAAUGUCUACACAAAUUGUUCUGCCAGCAUCACCAUCACCAUCACCAUCAUCAACAUCAUCCAAAUCGAAUCCAUCGUCAGCGUCAUCAACAACAGCAGCAAAUAAAUCAUCAUCAACAACAACAACAAAAACAAAUCGUUAUCGUUUUCGUCCACAACGUAAACCUGAAUUACAAUUAGAUAAAAAUGAAUUAAAACAACAAUUAACACCAUUACAAUAUAAAAUAACGCAGGAAAAAUUUACUGAAAGACCAUAUUCAGGUGAAUAUUUACGUCUUAAUGAUCAAGGUAUCUAUUGCUGUAUUGUAUGUGGUGAAGAAAUAUUUUCAUCCGAUACAAAAUAUGAUUCGGGUUGUGGUUGGCCAGCAUUCUAUGAUACAAUUGAUGGUGAUAAAUUAAUUAAUCAAAUGGAUCUUUCACAUGUUGGCGGAAAUCUUCUAUUAUUAGCAUUAAAUCAAGAUCUUGCACGUACUGAAGUAAAAUGUGCAAAAUGUGGUGCACAUCUUGGUCAUGUAUUUGAUGAUGGUCCACGACCAACCGGUAAACGUUAUUGUGUUAAUUCAGCUGCAUUAAAAUUUAAAAAAUCUAAUGGUGAAGAAAUUAUCUGUGAUACAUUAUUGUCAUCAUCAUCAUCAACAUCAACAUCGAGCUGCUGUUUUCGUUCGCCCACCAAAAUAAUUGAUUCCAAAUCAUCAUCAUCAUCAUCAUCAUCGACAUUACCACCAACGCCAACGACGACAACGACAUUACCACCUUCACAGCCUACAACAAAAUCGUCAUCGGUUACCGUUAAAGAUGAUAAUUCAACAAAAACAUUAUCAUCGGAUUCAUUAGCAAAUAAAACACCAUUAUCAAUACCGACAAAACCUUGUCGUCAAUCAAAACAAUCAAAAACAAAAUCAUUAUCACCUGCAACACGUACUUUGAAUGAUAAUGGAACAAAUGAAACAACAACAACAACAACAAUACAGCAGCCAUCAUUGCAUGCAAGAAAAGUUCAGAUGAAUAGAGAAGAUUUUUUCAAAUCAUCACCAUCAUCAAGUAAUUCAAUUCGUACAUCUAAAUAUAACGAAAUCAAUGACCGAAUAAAAAAUUCAUUAUCAUCAUCAUCAACAGUAACAACGACAACAACAACAACAACAACAACAAAGCCUAUUUCAAUCAACAAUCGUACGAGAAGAAUUGCCCAAACAUUUGAUAAUGAACAACAACAACAGAAUUCUAAAAAUGAUAUGAAUAAUAAUAAUCAAUAUUGUGGUAAGCUGACAAAUUUGUCAUCAUCAACGACAGCAAAUAAUAAAUUAUAUAGCGAUGUAAAAUCACGUUAUCUUGAUCAUUUGGAUAUGAUGAGUAAAAAAAGUGUUAUCAAACAUACAUUUACAUCGUUGUCGGCGAAAAAAUCAUCAUCAUCUAAUUCAACAACAACAACUGCACCGGUACUGGAAAGUGAUUUGUAAAUUUUUUUUUUGAUAAUUUUCUCUGAUCUUUGUUUGUUUUUUUUCUGUUUGA